AUGACAGCCAACCAUCAGUCGCAGCACGCUUCCCCCCACGCGGCAACGGCACGUCAGACAUCGGCCUCGGCUUCAGCCUCAUCUCAUUCGAUGUCGCCCUCCACCGCCCACUCAUUUUCACCGUCGGGCUCUCGUGAUCUGGCGAUGAAUGGCAUCUACGUCUCGCACGUUGCUCAGAACAGCCACUCUAACGUCUGGGUACCACAGGGCAACGGCGCGCAUCAAGCCAUGGUGCAUUGCAACAGUCUUCCGCGCCUCGAAAAGAAACGCCAUGCCGCCGAGCCCGCAUACAGCCCGAAGCGAAUGACGGAAAUCGAACGGAAACGCCAGUACAGGAUAGCCCUCAAUUUCUUCAAUAAGAAGCCCGAGCGCGGCAUCCAGCUGCUAAUGGCCUGGGGAUUUGUGGACGAUAACGCGCAAAGCGUGGCCCGACUCCUCUUCGGCCGUCGCGGGUUGAGCAGGCAGAUGGUGGGUGAAUACCUCGGGGUGCUGCGCUCUUCUUUCAACAGCUGUGUACUUCAGUAUUUUCUUGGCGAGGUCGACACACGCGGCCUCGAGGUCGAUUGUGCACUCCGCAAAUGCUUGACGCUUUUCCGCCUUCCCGGCGAGAGCCAAAAGAUCGAGCGGAUAAUGGAGGUCUUCUCCCAACACUACGCCAUGUCAAACCCUACGCGUGUCAAGCACUUCCGCGGCGGACACAAGACCGUCUUCAUCCUCGCCUACGCCAUCAUCAUGCUCAACACCGAUCUGCACAACAAGAGCAUCAAGCAGUCGGAGAAGAUGAAGAAGGACCAGUUUGUCAACAAUCUGCGCGGCGUUGAUGAGGGCGGGAAUAUCGAUCGCGAAGUCCUCUGCCAAAUUUACGACCGCAUCCGCGAUGAGGAGUUCCGCACCGGCGAUGACCACGUUGCUCAGGUCGCCCGAGUCGAUGCAGCAAUACAGGGACACGGCAAACCGAUCCUGACCGAAACGCCACGCCGCCUCGUCUGCUACUGCCGCCUGAACCAAAUCAUGGACGUGCGCAAGAAGCAGCCGUCAACAAGCCACGAGCGCGACGUCUUCCUCUUCAACGACAUGAUUGUGACGACGAAGGCGAGUGGCGUCGCUAAGAGAUCCGGUGCCCAGCUCUACGCCCUAAAAAUGCACUCGCCGCUGCUUGGCGCCCGCGUUGAGAGCUUCAACAAUCCACAGUACGACUUUGGCAUCAUGCUGAUCCUGCCCGACAAUCAGCGCGUCGCCUUCAACGCUCGCAACUACGAGGACUUGUGCCGCUUCGUCGCCGACGUCAAGGAGUCGAUUUCGGAGACGCAGGCCAUGGAAAGCGUGCGCCUGGAGCUGGAGAUGGAGCGCAUCUCACUGCGCAGCGAGAGCCAACGUGACUCCGGCCUUCCCGACGGCGAAGAAGACCCCGACGCCGCAGGACAGCCAAGACCGCUCGGCCCACCCGGCAGCCGCCGGCUUUCCGGCCACUCCCUGGACAGCGGCGUCGUCGAGGAGGGCUACGAUGUGCACGCC